GUGGAGAAUUCUGUUCUGUACUUUGAGCAGCAUAAUUGUCUAUAAACAUUACUGUCUGUACUAUUCAUCACUGUAAAAAAUGGGACAUUUAUUUACCUUGCUAAUUCUGUCGAUGGCAAUUGUGAGCUUUGGAAUUAAAUUGAAUUUUGUUCAUAAAUGGAAAUAUUGUGAAUAUGAAUGGGAAAAUCAGCAGCAAAAAGAAGACGCUAUAAAUUCUGACACUUAUAAUCCUCGAAGGUGCGUGUUCGCCGGAGCACUUAAAGCGGAAGAUGGUAGAGUAUUCAUCACUAAUCCGAGAAUAUAUGGUCCUGGAUCACCUGCUACUUUGUCAAUAGUAACGAAUAAAACAGGACCAGGUGGUCCACUUUUACGUCCGUAUCCAGAUUGGAGUUGGCAUAAUAGUAAUUGUACAUGUGAUGGUAUUAUAAAUGUUUACUAUACGCAUAUUCGAUGCAACCACAUCUUUGUUUUGGAUAACGGCCAAAUCGGAGAAACUAAUAAACAAAUUUGUAAUCCAAAACUAUUGAUCUUCGAUUUAAAAAAUGAUAUGCUGGUUAAAACUAUUUAUAUCCCACUUGAUAUUGCUACUAACAAAACGGGCUCUGGAUUAUUAGUAGAUGUUUUUGUUUAUGUUCCAAAUGAGAAAUGCACGCACUUUCUGGAUAAAAUGAUUGUAUUUAUGGCUGAUUCAAAAGGUUCCGGCAUAGUGAUAUAUGACUCAUCCAGAAAGCAUAUGUGCAGAGUCGAAUCUGAUUACAUGAAGCCCACUAAUACUACUUUCCUCGUAGACGGUGACAUUGUUACUUAUGUAGGCGGUAUCUACAGUAUGACAAUUAUGAGCGAUGAAUUUUAUUACGCUUCUAUAUCGGGAAAAGAAAUAUAUAAAAUUAAAAUAAAGACGCUAAUGGAAUGUCCAAAUAAAGAAGAGGCUAAUAAACAAACUAAACUCGUUAAAAAAUUAUCAAACCAAACAGUAAAACUCUCAUCAACAUGUCAUUAUAUAUUUUACACUGAUUACGGAACAAAUUCUGUUCUAGGCACAAACACUUGUACGAAAUCUGCUAACAACACGGUGGUACUCGCGCAAGACGAUGAAAAAUUGCAAGUUGUAACUCAAACAGAUAUUUCAACUUACUGGGGUCAGCUAACAGGCCUAUCAGAUAGAUUUCAGAAAUACGCACUGCAGACAUAUAAUCUAAGUGACAUAAACUUCCGCUAUUUUGAAAUGGAUUUAGAUGAAAUAUUUAAGAAAAUUGAUUAAUUAACU